UGCUAUGUAGAAUGAAUGAGCUGGUGUAACGACCUCAGAUUGCUUGCCCUUAUGCCUCAUAGCGUGGGCCGAGGACUUGAGUGUCAUAUUAAUAUGUUUAAAGUGCAUUUGAUAUUUACAAUGUGUAUUCCUCCAUCAUAUGCUGACCUUGGCAAAGCUGCCAGAGAUAUAUUCAACAAAGGAUUUGGUUUUGGGUUGGUGAAACUGGAUGUGAAAACAAAGUCAUGCAGUGGCGUGGAAUUCUCAACAUCUGGUUCAUCUAAUACAGACACUGGUAAAGUUACCGGGACCUUGGAGACCAAAUAUAAAUGGUGUGAGUAUGGUCUGACUUUCACAGAAAAGUGGAACACUGAUAAUACUCUGGGAACAGAAAUCGCUAUUGAAGACCAGAUUUGUCAAGGUUUGAAACUGACAUUUGAUACCACCUUUUCACCAAACACGGGAAAGAAGAGUGGUAAAAUCAAGUCUUCUUACAAGAGGGAAUGUAUAAACCUUGGUUGUGAUGUUGACUUUGAUUUUGCUGGACCUGCAAUCCACGGUUCAGCAGUCUUUGGUUAUGAGGGCUGGCUUGCUGGGUACCAGAUGACCUUUGACAGUGCCAAAUCAAAGCUGACAAGGAAUAACUUUGCAGUGGGCUACAGGACUGGGGACUUCCAGCUACACACUAAUGUCAAUGAUGGGACAGAAUUUGGAGGAUCAAUUUAUCAGAAAGUAUGUGAAGAUCUUGACACUUCAGUAAACCUUGCUUGGACAUCAGGAACCAACUGUACUCGCUUUGGCAUUGCAGCUAAAUAUCAGUUGGAUCCCACUGCUUCCAUUUCUGCAAAAGUCAACAACUCUAGUUUAAUUGGAGUGGGCUACACUCAGACUCUGAGGCCUGGUGUGAAGCUUACACUGUCUGCUCUGGUAGAUGGGAAGAGCAUUAAUGCUGGAGGCCACAAACUUGGGCUUGCCCUGGAGCUGGAGGCUUAAUCCAGCUGAAAGAAACCUCUGGGAAUGGAUAUCAGAAGAUUUGGCCUUAAUAUAUUUCCAGUGUGACCAGCAGGCUUCCCCCCCCGCCCCCAAGAAGGUGAUCAAAACAAAGGAUGAUCUAAACAAGAGCUGUAUUUUAAAUAUUUAGGCAGUUACUUGUUAGCUGGUUUCUAGUUGAAUUGGUUAUCUAUCUAGUUACCAGUGCUGCAGUCGUGCAGUCACCUAUACAUUAUUUAAAUGUAUUUAACUGUUAAAUGCGCUACCCACCAAUAAUGAAAUAGACCUUUAUGAAAACUGUGCAGUUGUGUGCAUGUUUGUUUUUAUGUUUCUUUUAACAUUGAAUAUUGCCAUUGAAUGAGAUGGAUCAGUGGAUGUUUUAAGAUGAGGUUAAAAUUUUUUGUUAAUUUCAAACAUCAUUAGAAUUACUUUUGGUAUCCCCAAACAUUACAAAUUAUGAAUAAAACAAGUAUACAUAA